CCCGCGCGGUGCCGGCUCUGCCCCAGCGCCAGGAGCCGCUGCCAGCCCUGCGCCGCGGGCGAGGAGGAGGAAAGGGCGGCGGCGAUGAUCGCCCACUAAUCCGCGGCCCGGCCCCUCACGGGCUGCUCCGGCCGGGGCUGCGCUCUCCGUCCCCGCGGGGAUGCCGGCGCCGUAAGGAGCGGAGCGAUUGUCUGGAGUUGCUGCCAGAGUCCAUGGCGUACACAGUAAGCCCCACUCCAGUGGGGCCUGUUGGGACCCAGUACUGUGUUUGCAAAGUUGAAUUAUCUGUGUGUGGCCAAAACCUUCUGGACCGAGAUGUGACUUCCAAAUCUGACCCAUUCUGUGUCUUAUUCAUGGAAAUCAAUGGAAAAUGGGUAGAGAUUGACAGAACAGAGACAGCUGUGAAUAACCUCAACCCUGCCUUUUCCAAGAAGUUUGUUGUUGACUACCACUUUGAAGAAGUCCAGAAGCUAAAGUUUGCCCUGUUUGACCAGGAUAAGUCCAGCAUGCAACUGUAUGAGCACGACUUCCUGGGGGAAUUCUCCUGUACCUUGGGCAUGAUUGUCUCCAGCAAGAAGAUAACAAGAACUCUGCUUCUGGGAAAUGGGAAGCCAGCCGGAAAAGGCGUAAUAAUGAUAGCUGCCCAAGAGCUGUCUGAUAACAGAGUGAUUACCCUGAGCAUGUCUGGUCGAAAACUGGAUAAAAAGGACCUGUUUGGAAAGUCUGAUCCAUUUUUAGAGUUUUAUAAGCCAGGCGAUGAUGGAAAAUGGAUGCUGGUCCAUAGAACGGAGGUGAUUAAAUACACAUUGGAUCCAGUGUGGAAGCCAUUCACUGUGCCUUUAGUGUCACUGUGUGAUGGAGAUAUAGAGAAGCUGAUAAAGGUCAUGUGCUAUGAUUAUGAUAGUGAUGGGGGACAUGACUUCAUUGGGGAGUUCCAGACCUCGGUAGCGAAGAUGUGUGAAGCCCAAGAUGCCUUUCCACUAGAACUAGAAUGCAUUAAUCCCAAGAAGCAAAAGAAGAAAAAGAACUAUAAGAACUCUGGUAGUAUUAUUGUGAAAUCCUGCAAAAUAACCAGAAAUUACUCUUUCCUGGACUACAUCCUUGGGGGCUGCCAGUUAAUGUUUACUGUUGGAAUUGAUUUUACUGCAUCCAAUGGGAAUCCACGGGACCCGUCAUCUUUGCACUAUAUCAAUCCCAUGGGAACAAAUGACUACUUGUCAGCUAUCUGGGCAGUUGGACAGAUCAUUCAGGACUAUGACACAGACAAAAUGUUUCCUGCUCUGGGAUUUGGUGCCCAGCUACCACCAGACUGGAAGGUAUCUCAUGAGUUCGCCAUUAACUUCAAUCCUACCAAUCCGUUCUGCUCAGGAGUGGAAGGCAUUGUCCAAGCCUAUUCAGCCUGCCUGCCCCAUGUGCGCUUCUAUGGACCAACCAACUUCUCCCCCAUUGUCAAUCAUGUGGCCCGGUUUGCUGCCCAGGCUACCCAGCAGGAAUUUGCAGCACAGUACUUCAUCCUCCUGAUCAUCACAGAUGGCGUCAUUAGUGACAUGGAUGAGACAAGACACGCGGUGGUGCAGGCCUCCAAGCUGCCCAUGUCCAUCAUCAUCAUAGGGGUGGGGAAUGCAGACUUUGCAGCCAUGGAGUUCCUGGACGGCGACAACCGGGUGCUCCGGUCAUACACUGGCGAAGAGGCUGCCCGGGACAUUGUGCAGUUUGUGCCAUUCCGUGAGUUCCGCAAUGCACCUAAAGAAACAUUGGCCAAAGCAGUACUGGCAGAACUACCCCAGCAAGUUGUUCAGUAUUUCAAGCAUCAAAACCUGCUUCCCAUCAACUCAGAGCCUGCGUAGUGCUGAGCGCAUUAGUGUUGUCUGCAUGUUGCCGGUCGUUGUCAAAUCCCCGAGGGUGUGUUCUAUGUGCUUUUAAAGAUUGGUAUUUUUUAAUGUAAUUCUUUUUAUUUGUAAAGACCUGAAAGCUCACCCCAGAGAAGUACCUGCCUUUACUUUUUACAUUCCUAGGCCAAGGGGUAACAUUAAUAGGCCAAACAGAGACCUCUCCCAAUGCCAUUGCAUCACUUUUAUUAAGUAUUGAAUGUACUUUGUAUAAUUCUAGUGGAACAGAAAGACAUUUUUACAGUUGGAACUUGCCUUUUCCAAGCAAUGAAAUGCUUAAUAUAUUAUUAAUAUUAUUAUCCAAUGAACUGUGCAUAGGUCACGUAUCUGUGUUGUAUCUGUACCUCUUUCAUGCUAUACGUUCAUUUUUAUAUCGUGUACAUGUUAUUUGUUAUACUCAGGUUAAUAAAGAAACUCAGACAACCA